ACGGCUUUCCUCGUGUUAUUUUUUUUAAAGCUGUGUCAGAACGCAAAGUGUCCUCUCUAGAACGUGCAAUUUUUCAAUGACCGACGUUUGAAACACUGUCAUUUUGUUAGUUCUUCAAAGACGUCGUUGAUUACUGGAACUGACAGUUACAAUGUUUUCUUGUACUUCCAAGACUACAGUUUUCAAAGGCAAUCAAGGAAUGUUAAUUACAACCAGGAUAGAUCUGUCCGAUUUUAAUUUAGUAAGUAAACUAAUUUCGAUCAUGUUAGCUGAUAAUAUAUAUUACAUGUCUCAAAAUCAAAUUAUAGAAUCAAUCUUUUAGCAAAUUGUUUGAUCCUCCUGAAACAUGUAAUCUGCAGUCCAAAAACAAAACGGGAAACGAGACAAUACCCAAAAAUAUAUAAUAUAUAUAUAUAACAAGUGUUUUAUUAUUAUUAUUAUUAUAUUAUUAUUAUUAUUAUUAUUAUUAUUAUUAAAGAAAGAUCAGAGGAAAAUGCUAGGUUGUUGAAAAAGUAAUGUUAAUAACACACUAGAAAUGCUACUGAAGAAACUGAUAAAGGACAUUAAUAAAAAUAAAAGCAAAAGAGGGAAAAUUUGAAAAUUGUGAAAUAAUAUUUAUGAGACCCAUUUAUUGCAAAGAGAAUGAAAAGUUCCGAAAUCUCCCAUCUACAGAAGGUAAAAUUUAGUUUGAAUGCAAUAUUUUGUACAAAUGGAAGAAUAUAAUAAAGUUUAUAAGUAAUUAUGAGCAAUCGGCUAUAUAUAUAUAUAUAUAUACUGAAUGGAAAUAGUAUUAAAAUAAAAAUCUAUUAAUCACAUCUCUGGAAGAAAUUCGUGAGAACAAAAUUUAAAAUGUUCUACAAAAAACCGUUAAAGUCUGCAUCAUUAGCGACAGAGACUAAAAUCACAAGACCGAAUGUUAAAGUUUCUAAUCAUCAAACUGAGACGGAAAGUAACCCUACCGUUUUGAGGAAGGUUAUCUAUUACCAGAACCGGUUUGUUGUGAUAGAUACCGUUCAGAAAAAUGAUCUGUCUCCGUCGCUUCCUAAAAAUUCCCAAAAUGAUACAGUCGAGGAUAGUACGGCCAUUGGUUCUUCUAGUGAAGCAAAAGGUGUUAAAAAUAAUAUUGAUAACGGUAGCACAAAAUUCUCCAAAUUGGCAACUAUUGAUGAGGUUCCGACGGAAAAAGAGGAAAGUUCAUUUGAAAUUAGUGAGGACCCUGCUGAAAGAGAUAAAAACAAUACAAAUAAAAAGAAUAUGCAAGAUAAAAAUAAUGCCUAUCUGUUAAGUAAUAAAAAUAACAUUCUGUAUGAUAAUGUUGAAAAUGCUUCUAACUGUUCAUUUUUGUGGUCAUCACACCCCAGUCUUAGUGCUUUAACUCUGGCAAAGACCCCUUCCGAGAGCAGCCUGAUUGAUAGCUACGAGGCGAUCGUCUCUAGUAGUUCAAAAGUUGUAUGUCCAUUAGCGAGUGUAAAUGUUAUUCAAGCAAGCGACGUUGACUUACUCGGUAAUGUGACAAUGACAGCGGCAGCUAUAGCCGCUGCGAUCAGUGGCAUCACUAUCAAUAUUUCAAAUACAACGACAGCUGCAGUAGCAGAUCCCCAGGUAACCUGCAGCACCGGAAAAUUGCUAGAGCGCGUGCGCACUGAAAAAGCUGAUGCCAGUCACUUGCCUACAUUCCUGCCAUCAGCCGGCUUGGCCUCACCAGCAGACGACGCUUUCAGUUCGCAUGAAGACGCGUCCGAUCUCCGCAGCCACCAUCGGCUUGAUAGCGCUGUCACGGACAGCACAGCCGAAGAUUCACCGAGCAAAAGUAGUGAAAACAGCACUAAAUCUCCAGAUAGCCAAGAUAACAUUUUUCAAGGAGUUCCCACUUAUAAAUCACACACUCAAAGAGAAAGUGAACGAAGCUACAAUUACGAUUAUCAAGGUGAACAGAGAGAGAAAACAGAAGAAAAAAAAGAAGAGGAAAUAGAAGCAAAACGAAAUAAAAAGGACAGCUGUAGAAGGAAAGAAUUUAAAAGAAAUAAAUACGGACGACACAGCACGGGUGUGAAUGUAACUUUUCCUGAAAAAAAUGUCCUUAAAGAUUCAAAACAUUUUAAAUUGACAGACUGUGAUAACGACGAUGUCAGUGGUGAUAAGAGAGUUUUAAAAGAAAAGCAAAUCGGCGCUACAGAUAGAGGAAUAAUAAUUACAUCAACAACAGUAAAAGCAACAACGGUAACGAAAAGAAAACCAACAUCAAAAACAGCAGCUACAGCAACAACAACAACUGUCAGAGCAGACGCAGUAGCAAGAUCAUCACCAGCAUCAACAGCAUCAGUAGCAGCAGCAUCCCCAGUUACCAUGGAUACGCGGAGCAUCGAGAUAAUAGUGAACGAUGAAAACGAGACAAGUCAUGUAGGGUACAGCAGCAGCAGCAGAGGUGGCGGGGGCGGCGGUGCAGCAGGAGGAGAAGGAGGAGGAUGCAGAAGAAGUAGGGAAGGAACUGGAGAUGUAGACAAUUUCAACAGCGACGGUGAACCCGGUAAUAGUAGUCGUGUCAGUGGCGUCCGCUCCCUCAGCGGAGGGUCGCUCCCAUCUGGUGCAUCUCUGAACGCAACCAAGGGACGGACUUCGGUGAAAAGAGCUGCGAGUCGGAACAACAGCAGGGCUUCUAUCCAGAAUAAAAGCAGUAUGGAGAAGAACAUGACAUGGAAAAGGAUAUCAAAGAUACUGUUAGAUGACCGGAUGGGUGAUAUUGAUGACCGUGAGAAGGUACUAAACCUAGAUGAACCAGGGCAGUACCGAGUGUUGAAGAAAGUACUAAAUAUACUUUUUGUCACCAUAGGGAUCGCUCUGUUACUGGCCGUUAUUGUCGUUGUUAUCUACACUGCCAUAGUGUAAAGAGAGAGAUGCCCGAUGAUCACCCGUUGAUUCAAGAGCUUCGCUUCCGGCUUGGGCUGCUACCAUUGCUGUCCUGAUGCCAGUCACCGUCCGUGCAUUCACAUCCAAUGGAAAAUAUGAAGAACAGUUUGCUGAUGAUCAACACAUCACAGCUUGAUACUACAUCAUUGGCAAUGAGUUCAAAGUUUGCCAGGAUAAGUAAUAUUCUUUUGUCUAAGGUCUUUGUGGCUACAAGUGAGGAUCAAACUGAGCCAGGCUUUUUCUGAGGUGUAUUUGUAUAUGUGCGAAAUUUCUUUUAUAUUUACUGUGAUUUAACUGAUAACUCGUAAAGUGAAACAAAGACAUUUAUUUUUCACCAAUAUUCACUAAAAAGAAUCAAGCAUUUAUGGCUGGAAGGGGGCAACAUAUUUACCAUUGUCUUUGCACGAUAAAGAGUCUGCUGAAAAGUUUCAUCCACUGCCUUUUUAAACCUACCAGGCAUUGCUUUGAUGCGUCACGUUUAGUGAGCAGCAUCAAGUAAUAGUUAAAAGUGAAAUUUUUGGUAAAAUGAAAAAAUCAUUUUUAGAAAGGUAACCUUCAAAUGAUUUGACCUGAUAAAAAGGGUACUGUUCCUUUCUACAUCGUAUUGUUUUUUUUUUUUUUUGUGAGGGAGAGAGGAAUACGGGGGAUGCUAAAUAGACAUGCUGAACAACAUUUAUGUUAGUUUGCAUGUACGCAUUUUUUUUACCUGUUCUGAUACAUAAAAUGUAUAUAUGCAGUCUUAUAUACAUAUAUUUUUGUGUGUGCAUGUGUUUGGCUGUGGGUAUGUAUGUGUAUGCUGUGUAAAAAUCCAAGACAUGUUUGGCCUCAAUAAUAUUGCAAUCAUUGCCUCAAAAACCAUUCACGCUAACAUUUCCAUGAUUCAGGUAAAUUCACAAAAUGUUUCUUGUCAACAAUCUUGACACUUUCUGAAACAGAAAAA